UGGAUUCCUCACAGACAGUGGCAGGACAGCAACGGGUUAAUGUUACUGUACAGAUACAGAAGUGUGUGCGGUGCAUGUAGGCUGCUCGUGUCCACUCGCUUCAUCACUCGUUGCAUGCUACUUUACUUUCCCCAUUCCCACAGUAGGCACCAAAGAAGAGCUCUGCACCUGCUCUGCAGACACCAUUCGGCAUGGAUGCGUUAAAAUCAGCCGGGAGAGCAAUAAUCAAAAGUCCUGGAGUUCCGCGGCACACAUGGGGAACCUCCAAGCAUGAAAAGCUCCCAGAGAACUGGACAGACACCAAGGAGACACUCCUGGAAGGGAUGGUGUUCAAUGUAAAGUAUCUAGGCAUGACACUGGUUGGUCAACCUAAAGGUGAAGACAUGGCAGCGGCUGCUAUCAGGAGGAUUAUAACCACGGCUCAUGCCAGUGCGAAGAAGUUUCAAAAAGUGACCCUCACUGUCUCCCCUAAAGGAAUCAUCAUCUCAGACACUGAGACCAAUGACCUCAUUGAGGACGUUUCCAUUUACAGAAUUUCUUACUGCACAACAGAUAAAACUCAGGAUAAGGUAUUUGCCUACGUCUCCCAAAGCCAAUUCAAUGAAACUCUGGAGUGCCAUGCCUUUCUAUGCCAAAAAAAGAAAGUAGCUCAGGCAGUGACUUUGACAGUAGCACAAGCUUUUAAAAUAGCACUGGAUCUGUGGGAGAUUGCACACGAAGACAAAAGUAAGAAAGGUCGCACAUGCUAUUCCUGUACAGACCCCGAAUCUCAGCCUGAAUCAGAUCCAAACAGUGUUUCAGAGGAGGAGAAGACUCAGGCUAUGAUGGAGCACAAACUUAGAAAGCCCUUCUUGCCUGCCUUUCUUUUACCAUCUCCACACAGCAACACUAGGAGACGGCCAAUCAAACAUGACUCCUGGGAUGUGGAAGAUAGCCUUGAUGAUGCAUUUUCAAGCAAUAUGGAGGUGGGGGAGAUGGACACAGGUAAGUGAGACUGGCCACGUCCCGCAGCAGAACUGUGUCUGAGGAUGCAGCUGUGAGUCCAGCAGAAGAAAAUCUUCUGUCUUUCAGCACCGAGGACUCAUAAUGAACACACAUCACUCUCGCCAGCCUAUCAGAAAGUGCCCUCAGAACACAAUACAUCCCAGCACUUCACACAAAGUGCAACUCAUGCCUCAGUAAAUGACUCACUUCUGGACUGUAGAAAAGACCACUGCCACAAUAUCUUCACUUAGAAUCGUUUGUACUACCUAACAAUACUACAGAGAAAGCAGCAUAGAUUUGUAUGAUUCAACUAGAUGAUUAAUUAAUGGAAUAGUUCACCCCAAAAAUGAAAAUUCUGACAUAAUUCACUCACCCUCAUGUAGUUCCAAACCUGUAUGAUUUUCUGUUUUCAGUGGAACACAAUAAGAGGUAUUUAGUGUCCUGGCUACUCUUCCAUGCAAUGAAAGUAAAUGGGAAUUGUGGGUGUCAAGCUCUCAAAAGGACAAAAAAGCACCAUAAAAGUAGUCCAAACAACUCUCACUCUAUUUCAAGUCUAAUGAAGCCAUAAAAUAGCAUUUUGCAAGGAACAGGCCAAAGCACAACUUACUUACUGAAAACCUGGCUGUGGUCACCAUUCACUUCCAUUGUAUCGAAAUGAACUUGGACUCUUAUAUAUUACUUCUUUUCUACUUUUCUACUGCUAAAUAACUUAUUUUGUGUUCUAUGGAAGAUAGAAAGCCAUACAGGUUUGGAACAAAAUGAGGGUGAGUAAAUGAUGACUUUUUAGUAAACCAAUGCCAAUGUACUCACAUGACAAAACUGUAAGUUCAGGGUAACUUCUUGACAGCGUACAACAUGUAUGAAAUUGCAUGUUUUACUACAUAUAUAAUGUAAAGAGUGUAAAAACUUUACAAUGCAUUGGUGCUAUCUUGUAGAUAAUUUGGUCAUGGUAAAUAAAUAAAUACACAAUAAAUGGAAACAUGUUCUUGAAAGAGAGACCAAAUGCACAUUCCAGGUAGAAUAGCUGUCUAUCCUUCAGCCCAUCAUUAAGAAAUAUCUAUUCCUUAUUUGUAAUGCUCUGUAUGAUGCCCUCUCCAGUGUAUCUCAUAACUCCAGUCUAUAUUAUAUUAAACUCCCACAGCAACAAGACCCUCAUCUGAUAGUUAGAAUGCAUGGGUCAUCCUAAUCGAGUGUGAAAAAAAAAAAAAAAAAAAAAAAAUGAGGAUCAGUAUUGUACUAUACUUGCUUUGCAUAGAUCCAACCCAAAAAGCUGUGCAUGUUGUUUAGAUUUGCAAGGGAACUUUAUGUCCAGUUAUAAUCUCUAGGUAAAGUGUGUAGAAUUGUUCAGGAUUAAUUUAUAUUAUUUAUAUAAUAAUGUUUGUAUUUUUAAGCACUGUAAUUAAAUACAUAUUGUAGGUCAGGGGACAUUUGCUUAGGCAAUCAUUACAGAUGUUAUUUUCUGUGUACCAUGGAACUUUGAUAUAUUGUAAAUAUUUAAAUGUGUAUACUAUGGCCUCAAAACACUUUUGAUUUUGUCUUCUUUUGAUUCAUUCUCUAAUUGUCUAUAUAUAUAUAUAUUAUCCAAACUAGUCCUGUCAAGAAACUUUUCAAGACUGGCUUUCAAACAUAGAUUAUCAUUAGUUAAUAACCCUUUUAAAUAUACACAACUUUAUAUGCUUAAGGACCUGGGCUGGGUUUUUGGAAAUUGUGACAUGAUCAAGUCAGAUCAUUUGAUGUCGCACACCACAACACAUCAAAUGAUGUCAAAACCAUUAUUGGCAUUGUCAAACAUUGGACAGACAGUGACUUGAAAAGAAUGUAGUGUCUGUGAAUGCAACAUCAUAAAGGGAGCAAUACAAUGCCAGUGAUGAUGAAAGAUAUCUGUUUAUCAUGACAAGCAGGAAUAAUAUUACAUUAAAUGAAAUUUCACUGUGUUCCAUGAAACAUCAUCAGUAGACUAUGCCAGUAACUAUGCCAAUGGUGUGAUAAGCCAGAGAAAAGGUCAUAGACAACACACUGAUACAUUAUAGAGGGAUCAUUUUGCUUGUAAUAUAAUAAGAUCUUAUUUAAUAAGAAAUGUAAAAAGAUCUUAUUUAACAUUUGUAUUAUUUCUGUAGUUUUGUCUGCCAUGCUAUCUUUGUUUUGUAAGUGCUGAGCUAAAGAAUAUUAUACUUUGGCAUUUAGAAAUGAAAUAUGAUAUAUUUUUCCUGGGGUUGAGAGAUACCCCCUCAGUUUCCAGAAGCUAUUAAGUGUGAAAUAAUUUUAUACUGUGACUCCACUAUUUUUUAACUCAAAGUUAUACUGAAAUGCAACCCUCUCUUCAUCAUUCUCUAAAAUCAUUAAACGUUAAGGUCUUUGAGUCCAAGUGGCUCUGUCAGCUUUUUUUCUCCUUUGUGCAUUUUUGAAAAGAGGUCCGUCCAUCCAGUAUUUUCUCUCAACAUUACAGAUCUAUUUUACCUUUUUCUUUACUUCUUAAAUUGGAAUAAGCUGAAAGUAAUGAGAGAAUACAGUAUACAAUACUGUAACAGUGUCUUAGUUCAAUUAGUGGUGUUCUAGUUAUUUUGAUUUAUCAUGUUGUAUAUCUCAGUUCUGUAUUUCAUUAUUUGUAAUGUUUGUUAUUGUUUGACUGCCUAAUUUAAGAUAAAGCCAGAUCAAUGUAACAAAGAUCAAUCAAUCAUAAAAUCAAUGUAUUCUAUGAAAGGAUUUGGGAAACUUUUACAGCAACUGCUACAACCCCAGCACAACACAACAUUUUUAUUAUUAGAUCAUUAGUUGUGACUUGAGAUCUCCAUUUAAAAAAAUGAAAUGGUUUCUUAAAUAUUGUUAAAUGAGAAAUAGUGUAGAUUUUAUAAUGUGUAUUUUAUUUUAUUGAUCUUUUUCUUAUAAAAUUUGAGGUUGGUGCUUAUUAAUAACAAACUAUGCAAUAUAUGUUUGGAUUUGUAUACACUAAUUGUAUUAUUUAACCAUCACCAAACUAAAAUGGAGCUUAAGACAUUGCAUACAUUGCAACAUUGAUUGAUAUUUAAUAAUGUAUAAUAAAAUAUUUGU